CCGCAUAUGUACGAAUACUGGACCUGGUUGGCGUAUCUCAAGUGUCAUGUUAUACGGCGGCUUACUCACCUAGUGUGCUUCAUUACUAUUUCUUCAGUCGCACUAAUUUUCUCUGUCUUACCCCGCCUCAAAAAAGGAAAGAAAAGAAAAUCAUGUGCAGAUGGAGUCUGGUAUUUGGCCGGCUGCAGAGUAAUGAAACUAAUCUACGGGAGGACUACUGUUGACGAUGCAGACGAGUGCGGAGUGAUGAGGGGAAAAGAAGAAGCUAGGGAGCGGGGAGAAGAGGAGAUGUAGAGAAUUGGGAGGUUUGCGUGACGUACUACGCAAAAUGUGUAGUUGAAUUGGCCGGGCGCAGCGAUGAAUAUCAAUGCUUUACGUCGGCCUUCUGACCCCAAUCAUGCCAAUGCCUUGUCUUUCCUAGCGCCGGCUCUGUAGUCUAGAUGGAUGGUUGUCUUUGAGGAUAUAAAUCGCAAAAGCUAUCCGUAUGGACCACACAGAAACCCACGCUCAGAUAUCGCCAGCAUACAUCAAACACUCCAAGCCAUGCAGUCAUUUGUCGUCAUCGCAGGUCUGCUCGCUGCGGCAUACUUUGUACAUCGCCUCCUGUAUGGCACCGACACACCGCACAUCAAGGGCCUCCCCGAGGUUCCGGGCUUGCCGCUAUUUGGAAGCUUGAUUGAGCUGGGCGACAACCACGCCAAGGUCGCACAGCGAUGGGCAGAAAAGUACGGCCCUGUGUUCCAAGUGCGGAUGGGGAAUCGUCGCAUCGUCUUUGCCAACACCUUUGCCUCGGUCCGCCACCUCUGGAUCACCAACCAAUCGGCGCUCAUCUCGCGGCCCAAGCUGCACACCUUUCACACCGUCGUCUCGUCGUCGCAGGGCUUCACCAUCGGCACGUCGCCCUGGGACGACUCGUGCCGCCGCCGCCGCAAGGCCGCCGCCACGGCCCUCAACCGGCCCGCCGUGCAGUCGUACAUGCCGCUGAUCGACCUCGAGUCGACCGUCAGCAUCCGCGAGCUGCUGCAGGACUCGCGCGGCGGCGCCGUGGACCUCGACCCCCGCGCCUACUGGCAGCGCUAUGCGCUCAACACCAGCCUGACGCUCAACUAUGGAUACAGGAUCGACGGGGACAAGGACGACGAGCUGCUGCGGGAGAUUACGGAUGUGGAGAGGGGCGUGUCGAACUUCAGGAGCACGAGCAACAAUUGGCAGGACUACGUGCCGCUGUUGAGGUUGUUUCCCAAGAUGAGUCGGGAGGCGGUUGAGUUUAGGGAGAGGAGGGAUGUGUAUAUGGAUAGGUUGCUGCGCGGGUUGAAGGAGAGGAUUGAGAGGGGGAUGGACAAGCCGUGUAUUUCGGGCAAUAUUCUCAAGGAUCCAGAGGCCAAGUUGAACGAGGCCGAGAUCAAAUCCAUCGGCCUGACCAUGGUCUCGGCCGGCCUCGACACCGUCCCGGGCAACCUCAUCAUGGGCAUCGCGUACCUGGCGUCGCCCGCGGGACAAGAGAUCCAACAGCGCGCCUACGCCGAGAUCCUCAAGACCUACCCUGCCAACGACGCCUGGACGCGCUGCCUGGACGAGGAAAAGAUACCCUACAUCACGGCGCUCUACAAGGAGAUACUCCGCUUCUUCACCGUCAUCCCCAUCUGCCUCCCGCGCGUGUCCGUCAAGGACGUCGAGUGGGAGGGCGUGACCAUGCCCGCCGGCACGACCUUUUACAUGAACGCCUACGCGGCCGACUACGACGCCGCCCACUUCUCCGACCCUUAUGUCUUCAACCCGGACCGCUACCUCGAGGACGUCGAGGGCACGCCGCAUUAUGGGUACGGCGCCGGCAGUCGCAUGUGUGCGGGCAGCCACCUGGCCAACCGGGAGCUGUACACGGCGUUUGUGAGGCUGAUCUCGGCGUUUGAGUUCGUGCCGCCCGCGGACCCGGCCGACGAGGCGGUGCUGGACUGCCUAGAGGCCAAUGCCAUACCGACCAGCCUGACCAUGGAGCCAAAGUACUUCAAGGUUGGGUUCAGGCCGAGGGACAGGGACGUGCUGGAUGGGUGGAUCAGGGAGAGUGAGGAGAGGACGAGGCAUUUGAUGUGAUUUUGUUCUUGUCGAUACCCUAUUGUUCUGCCCUUUGUUGAUAAACAGAAUACUGUACCUUUACAUAAGCUACGAGAGCAAUAUCAAGUUGUUUCAGGUAUGGCCUGAAGCAUAUAAACUCGG